AUGAGACCGGAACCACAAACCGAAGGCUCGAGUAGCAAGCCUGGCAAUGAUUUUGAAAUAUACUCUAAGCCUAUUGACUCUGCACCUAAAUGUAUGCAUGAGGGACAACACUUCAACGGGCUGUCGCGAGAACGACCAAGGGCCGACGUGAGCGCCGAAAACGGGGGCGCAACUGGCAGUUUUAAGGAGCUUUCUGAGGUUGUGCACAGGGCUACCCGCCCACUACCAACUGAGGCAGGCAAUGGAACCUACAUAGAAGAUGAUUCCCAGGGUCGUAGCCUCUGGGAAGACCUUCGUUCUCUGGGCAUAGAAGAUGCCAAAACCGUAAAGGAUUUGUUCAAGACGGAGGCCCUCGGACGACCAGUGGACGAUAAGACAAUGCUCAUGGAACGCAUCAUCCAGAUGGUGGCCAAAUUGCCCGACAAAUCCAAAACGCGGGAGAAGGCGACUCAUACGUUUCUGGGCAAACUCUGGGACUCACUGCCCCAUCCUCCCCUCUCAUAUGUUGGAGACAAAUACGCUUAUCGGUCGGCUGAUGGGUCGUACAACAAUCCUACCUUACCGUGGCUAGGUGCAGCAAAUACAGAAUAUGCUCGAACAACUGAACCGUCACAAAUGAAGCCGGCCAGUCUGCCGGACCCCGGCUUGAUCUUUGAUAGCAUUUUUGCGAGAGACGCCUUCAAGCCGCAUCCGAACAAUGUUUCGAGCAUCUUUUUCACAUGGGCAUCGUUGAUUAUUCAUGACCUUUUCCAGACUGGCUACCCCGACCAAAAUAUCAACAAGACCUCAUCAUACCUAGAUUUAUCCAUCCUAUACGGGAAAAAUAAAGCUGAGCAGAACGUGAUGCGUACGUUCGUGGAUGGCAAGAUCAAGCCAGACUGUUUUUCUGAGCCACGUUUUCACGCACUACCAGCAGCCUCCGGUGUUAUUUUGAUCAUGCUAAACAGAUAUCAUAAUUAUGUCGCUGAGCACCUGGCUCUCAUCAACGAGAAUGGUCGCUUUACAAAGGUACAGAAGGAUGAAAUGGACCCAGUUAAAGCACGGGCUGCCUUGGCUAAAUAUGACAAUGACCUCUUUCAAACUGCACGUCUUAUCACUUGUGGCAUGUAUAUCAGCAUCACAUUAUAUGACUACCUGCGCACGAUCAUCAACCUCAACCGCGACAACACAACUUGGAAUUUGGAUCCCCGAACGCAUGAGGACCACGAUGUAGUUCCCACAGCACUAGGCAACCAAUGCUCGGUGGAGUUCAAUCUCACCUAUCGAUGGCACUCCGGGAUUGGUCGGCAAGAUGAGGCGUGGAUGGAGAAAGCUUACCAAGACAUUGUUGGGAAGCCUGGACAGGACGCCACUUUGGAGGACCUAAUGCAAGGCAUGGGGAGAUUCUCUGCGAAGAUGGACAAAGACCCUUCCAAGCGUAUAUUCGCAGGCCUGGAGCGCCAGGCUGAUGGUACUUUUAGGGAUUCAGACUUGGUUGACAUACUCACAUGCGCCAUUGAACAGGUAUCCGGUUCCUUUGGGCCCAACAAUGUGCCAAAGGUCUUGCGAUCGGUUGAAAUCCUUGGCAUUGAGCAGGCGCGCAAGUGGAACGUGGCGUCACUGAAUGAAUAUCGCAAGUUUUUCGAUUUAAAGCCCUACAAAAGCUUUGAGGAGAUCAACUCGGACCCGCAUGUAGCAGAUCAGCUGCGACAUUUGUAUGAGCACCCGGACUACGUGGAGCUGUACCCUGGCGUCGUUGCAGAGGAGCCCAAAGAACCUAUGAUUCCGGGUGUGGGAAUUGCCCCUGGAUAUACCGUUUCCCGCGCUGUCUUAUCGGACGCCGUGGCGCUAGUACGGGGCGACCGAUUCUAUACGACUGAAUUUAACGCCCGGAGUCUGACMAAUUGGGGUUACAGCGAGGCAAAGCACAACAUGGAAAUCAAUCAAGGUUGCUCGUUCUAUCGACUCGCAUUGCGAGCAUUUCCCCAGUGGUUCAGCUACAACUCAAUCUACAUUCACUAUCCAAUGACGAUUCCUAUUGAGAAUCGCGCAAUCAUGAAAGCGCUGGGUCGCGGGGAUGAUUACUCUUGGGACCGUCCAGCGUAUAUCCCGCAGCGAACGAAUGUCUUCGAUUAUACCAACGUCCGUCACAUACUUCAGGAUGGGUCAAAUUUCCGGGUCAUGUGGGGUGAAGCAACGGCAUACGUCUUUGGGGAAAAGGCCUGGAACUUUAUGCUCUCAGGGGACGCACCCGUCCACGCGGAUCAGCGCAAUAUCAUGUCUAGAUCCCUCUAUCACGGACAGUGGCACGAGGCCGUCAAACGAUUCUACCUGGAGGUUACCCAGCAGCUUUUGGCAGAAAAGUCAUGCAGGGUGGGGGACGUAAAUCAGGUGGACAUCACUCGCGAUGUUGGGAACCUCGCCCACGUCCAUUUCGCCUCUAACAUAUUCAGUCUUCCUCUGAAGAGUAUAAAGCAUCCGCAUGGGAUUUUGACCGAACAUGAGAUAUUUGAGAUAAUGGCGCUUGCCUUCACAGCUAUUUUCUUUGAUGUGGACCCCGUUAAAUCCUUCUUUCUACGUCACAAGGCUCGCGAAGCAACACAAAAGCUUGGUAAGCUUGUCGAGGUCAACGUCAGAGCCAUCAAUUCGUCCGGCUUUGUUGCCACUCUGCUUGGCAACGUGCGUGCCAACGAGAAUUCUCUCUCUGAGUAUGGAGUGCACAUGGUGGAGCGUCUGUUGCAGAGUGGCUUGGAUCCUGAGGAGGUCACAUUUGCACAAAUUCUUCCGACUGCUGUCGCCAUGGUGCCGAACCAGGCCCAGGUGUUCAUACAAAUUAUCGAUUACUACCUCUCGGAUAAUGGCCGACAGCAUCUGCCGGACAUCAAUCGCUUUGCAAAGGAGGACUCGUCUGCUUCAGACGAGGUGCUUCUCCGUUACUGCAUGGAAGCGAUCCGUCUGAACGGCAUCUUUGGCUCAUACCGGAAAUCCCACACCAAUCUGACGUUGGAUGAUAAGGAUGGUACGGUCCAUAUUAAGCCUGGUGACAAAGUGUUUGUGAGCUUCGUCGACGCAAACCGCGACCCUAACGUGUUUCCGAAUCCCAAUGAGGUUGACCUCAACCGUCCUAUGGAGUCGUAUAUCCAUUAUGGAGUAGGUCCCCACACAUGCCUGGGUGGCGACGCCAGUAAAGUUGCUUUGACAGCCAUGCUGCGCGUCGUGGGUCGUCUGGACAACCUUCGCCGCGCUCCAGGCGCGCAGGGGGAGUUGAAGAAGAUCCCGCGGGAACAUGGGUUUUAUACUUACAUGCGCGAGGAUCAAAGCAGCUUUUACCCGUUCCCAAUGAGCUGGAAACUCCAUUACGAUGGAGACAUCCCAGGAACGGAACAGCCGGUUCAUAGAGACUUCGUGUGCAACGUGCCCGGGCAUUGGCAAAAUUAA